UUAUUUUAUUAUUUCCAUUGACUUUAUAUUAUUUUAAGAAUAUUUUUGAGGUAUGUCAGGGUUUAAAAGAUUUUGCAAAAAAGGAAAGUUAACGGAUGAAGAAGUACGCGAAUUGCUAUGCAAUAGCGAUGAAUUUCUUUACAAUAGCACUGACGAAAGUGACACUGACACCGAAAAUGAGAGCAAUGAUAUACAGGGAACGUCUAAUAUGCAACAAAUUUUGCAAAAAGAUCAAGACUCUGAAUCUGACGAAGAUAUUGAACUUGAAGAAUCUAUACAUGACUCUUUUGUCAAAAUGAUGAAUGAUGAUCAGGAUAUGGAUAUGAAUAUAUAUAACGAACAAUCAGAAGAGCUCAAUUUAAUGCCUUCUACAUCCUCUUUACAAACUAGUCCUAUAAAUGUUUGGUCUACAUUUUCUUCUGAAUUCAGUGGUGUAAAUAUAAAUCCCAAGUCUUCCGAGUUUGAAAAGGUUUUGUGGAAAAAGGGUAACCUACAAUUUAAGAAAGAGCAAGUUAAAUUUGGGGGAGAUAUAAGUCUUCCAGACAAUAUAAAAGCAUUGGACACCCCAUACAAAGUUUGGUGUCACUUGUUUCCAAAAUCGUUGGAGGAACAUAUAGUUAACGAGUCUAUAAAAUAUUCAGGAAUAGAUAACAUAAAUUUUAGCAUAUCGGAACUACGUAAAUUUAUCGGAAUUCUUUUUUAUAUGUCUUAUUAUAAGCUUCCAAAUUCACGAGAUUAUUGGUCUGAAAAAGAAGACCGUUGCGUUAAUAUUAUAAAAAAACAGAUGAAUAGGAGGCGCUUCGAAAAAAUUCGAGAAAUUAUACAUUUUAAUGAUAAGGAUAAAAAACCUUCUCGAGAUGAUCCUAAUCGAGAUAGACUUUAUCUGAUCAGACCUAUUAUUGAAUCACUCAAUAGAAAUUUCGGCUCCGUUCCAAAAUUGAGCAGGUUAUGUGUGGACGAGCAAAUGUGCUCUUCGAAAAUUGGUAAUUAUAUGAAGCAAUAUAUGCCUAAUAAACCGAAAAAGUGGGGCUUUAAAUUUUAUGUUAUGUGCGAUACAAUGGGAUAUGCAUACAAAUUUGAAAUAUAUAAUGGAUCAAAUGAAAUUUGUGCUGAAGGAGAACCGGAUCUUCAACCUUCUGCGAAUAUAGUUGUGCGCCUACUUCGUGAAGUACCCAGAUUUAAAAAUUAUGUAGUGUACUUUGACAAUUUUUAUACAACAAUACCGUUGUUAGUGUAUUUGCGUUCACAAGGUAUACUUUCUGUAGGUACAAUUCGCCGAAACCGAAUCAAAAAUUGUAAGCUCCCCAAUGAGAAAGUCAUGAUGAAAUAUGAACGAGGAACGAGUCAGGAAUUUGUUUGUACUAUUUAUGGUAUGGACAUAACAUCAUUGUCAUGGAAAGACAACAGAAUUGUUAACCUGGUUUCAACUUACGUUGGGGAAAAACCUAUAUUGGAUAGUAAAAAUCCAGAUAAGGAACCUGUAACAGUAAAAAGAUAUGAUAAAAAAGACAAAACAAAAAAAAAUAUUCCGUGUCCACAAAUUAUAAAGGAUUAUAACUGUCAUAUGGGAGGCGUUGACUUAAUGGACAGCUCAAUGAGCCGUCACAAAAUCGUGAUGAAAAGCAGAAAGUGGACCAAUAGAAUAUUUUAUCAUCUUCUUGAUAUGACUUGCGUAAACGCUUGGAUACUACACAGGCGGAUAAAUAAAGACGAUAAAAGACAGGAAAUGAGACUUAUAGAUUUUAAAUUGGAAGUAGCUGACGCUUUGUUUAGUUGCAACACAAAAUCUACUUCCCAGCGUGGACGACCUACUCUUGAAAGCCAGCUUGAGGCAAAACGUCGAAAGCCAAAUUCUCAAAAAGGACCUCCUAAGGACACCAGACUGGAUAUGAUGGACCACUGGAGUACGAUGGAGAAAAAAGGAAGAUGCAAACUACCAAAUUGCUCAGGACAAACAAAAAUUUUUUGUACUAAAUGUAAGGUAAAUUUAUGUUUAACUUCAGAAAAAAAUUGUUUCUAUAAAUACCAUCAUAAUUAGAUGUAUAUAUAUUUCUUUUUUAUGUGCUGAAUUGUAAAAUUUUUUAUUUUUAUCCUCUAUUUUUAAUGUAUGUAUGAAUUAUUAAAAUGUUAUAUUAUUUUUUUUAACUUUACCUAAAUAAAAAUAUUAAAUACAAUAAAAUUUGUUUCAUUUAUAUACGAUUUUAUAUAUACUUUUCUUUGAAAACUAUAAUAGGGAGAGUGCUCAGUGUAUCUUCUAAGAUACAACCAGUUUUUUUAAAAAAUACCACUUAAAAAAUU